AUGCAUCCAAACGAAAAUAAUACAAAGAAUUCUCAUAGUGAAGAAGCACAUACAACUGGUACAGUUAUUCUGUUUUUAUCGUUUGCUGUCUUAGCCGCAUGUAUAUGCAAAUUAAUACUAUCACAAGUGUUGAAAAAUAAAUUUCCUGCUCCAUUCACAGUGAUCGUACUUAUUUUGGGCUUCAUUAUUGGUAUUAUUAUUGCACUUAUUAAUCAGAUGAGCAAUGAUUUUCUUCUUGGUGAAGAGCAAUUGAGAGAAAUCAAUCCUCAUCUUCUUUUUUAUAUUUUUUUACCAUUGCUUAUCUUCGAUUCAGCUUUCAAUAGUCAUUUUCAUAUUAUCCGACGUCAAAUUAUCUUGGGAAUACUUUUAGCUGGUCCCGGAGUUUUUAUAAGCAUGACCAUCGUCGCAUUAUGUGCGAUAUAUAUCUUUCCAUACAAUUGGUCGUUGAUAGAUGCUUUGAUGUUCGGAAGUAUCCUCAGUGCUACGGAUCCCGUUGCAGUUGUAGCAUUAUUGCACGAGUCUGGAGCAAGUAAAUCAUUGGCGGCAUUGAUUGACCUUGAAUCAUUACUCAACGAUGGUUCUGCAUUUGUUCUUUUCUCCAUUUUCAAAGAUAUUGUAAUUAAACAAAGCACAACUGCCAAGAAAAUCAUUAUCGAUAUUGUCAAGUUUAGUAUUGGAGGUCCUGUAUUUGGUUUUGCCUGUGGUAUCUUAACCGUAUUUGUUUUAAAUUUGGUUAAUAACGAAUUGGAAAUAGAAAUCAUAUCAACAUUUGGCCUGGCCUAUCUGGUUUUCUACGCUGCUGAUGUUGAACUCGGUGUUUCAGCGGUAUUGGCUCUAGUUGUCAUGGGAUUGUUUAUGGCCAAACAUAAAUAUUGUAUUAGUAGUCAUGUACAACUUCCGAUAGCUAGCACUUGGCGUAUUAUUAUCUAUUUUAUAAAUAUUCUAAUUUUUAUCAUCACAGGUAUUAUUUUGGCUCAUUCAUUAGUUGGCACUCAAAAACAUAUUGACGGGCGCGAUUUUGGACUCUCAAUAGUUUUGUAUCUUGCUCUGCAUGUGGCACGCUUGCUGUCCAUUGGCAUUCUUUAUCCAUUUGUCAACUGGAGUGGUGUUCAGCUCUCAUGGAAAGAACAUAUUGUUCUGACUUGGAGUGGUUUACGAGGUAGCAUGGCAGUGAUCUUGGCUUUAAUUGUUAAAUCAGAGGAAGAUAUUGAUGAGGCAACAAGGAAUCGGGUGCUCUUUCAUGUUUGUAUGAUUGCACUCCUUACUCUGAUUAUUAAUGGAACCAGCAGCAAGUUCUUGGUGAAAUUUCUUGGAUUAGACCAUGGUAUGUGUACUUAUGCUCAUACAAAUUCAAACAUUCGUUUUCACAUAUCAAUAUCAGAUGAAGCGAUGUAG